GGAGGGUGGAUGUGGAGCAGCAGACUGGUGGUGGUGGUGGUGGUGGUGGUAAUUGAUUCCAGCUUAGCCUGUGAGGAGCACGGAGAGAUAUCGCUGCUGCGCUGCCGCUGACUCUGAGCCGCAGACAGCCUCAGCGUGGAGCGGGUGGAGAGGGCAGGACAACCGAAACACUCAGAAUGACAACCGUGAAACACCGCAGCAUGCUCCGGGAGGCUUCGCAUCAGAUUAUCGCCGGUGGAUCCGCCGGUCUGGUGGAGAUCUGCUUGAUGCAUCCCCUCGACGUGGUGAAGACGAGGUUCCAGAUCCAAAGGGGAACCAGUGACCCCAACAGCUACAAGAGCCUUGGUGAUUGCUUCCGGACCAUCUUCCGCAAUGAGGGAGUCUUGGGUUUCUACAAGGGAAUCCUGCCUCCCAUCCUGGCAGAGACGCCAAAGAGGGCGGUCAAGUUUUUCACCUUCGAGCAGUACAAGAAGCUGCUGAAUCUGACCCCUUUGUCUCCCGGUAUGAUAUUCUGUGUAGCCGGGCUCGGCUCGGGCUUGACUGAGGCUGUCGUUGUCAAUCCAUUCGAAGUGGUGAAAGUCAGUCUGCAGGCCAACAGAGAUUCCUUCAAAGAGCAACCCUCCUCUUUCGCUCAAGCGAGACGCAUUAUGAACUCAGACGGAUUCGGACUGAAGGGCCUGAAUAAGGGAUUAACGUCAACACUGGGACGCCAUGGAGUCUUCAACAUGAUCUACUUUGGCUUCUAUUUCAACGUCAAGGAUGCUAUUCCCAGCAACCCGGACCCUACCCUGGAGUUCCUGAGGAAGUUCGCCAUCGGCCUCACGUCCGGGACCAUCUCCUCCUGCGUGAACAUUCCCUUCGACGUGGCCAAGAGCCGCAUCCAAGGCCCCCAGCCCGUGCCCGGAGAGAUCAAGUACCGCACCUGCUUCCAGACCAUGGGGCUGGUGUACCGGGAGGAGGGGUACUUGGCACUGUACAAGGGGUUGGUGCCCAAGAUAAUGAGGCUCGGACCAGGUGGAGCAGUGAUGCUGCUGGUCUAUGAAUAUGUGUCUGGAUGGCUGCAGAAAAACUGGUAACACAAAAAAAAACAAAAAAA